AUGUCAGAACCUACAAUCGUACCUUCCUCAGCACCAGCACCAAAUGGAGGAACUUCAACUCCUCUCUUGGGAAGCAGAGGGGGUCCUGCAGGUACUGGUGCUGGAGGUAGUUUUGGCGUCAAGUCUGGUUUAGCUCAAAUGUUGAAAGGAGGUGUUAUCAUGGAUGUCAUGAAUGCUGAGCAAGCCAAGAUCGCCGAAGAAGCAGGUGCAAGUGCUGUUAUGGCAUUAGAGAGAAUCCCAGCCAACAUCAGAAGAGACGGUGGUGUAGCUAGGAUGUCCGAUCCUGGAAUGAUUAAACAAAUCAUGGAAGCUGUUUCAAUUCCAGUAAUGGCAAAAGUCAGAAUCGGUCAUUUCGUAGAAGCUCAAAUCUUGCAAUCUGUCGGUGUCGAUUAUAUCGAUGAAUCGGAAGUCCUGACCAUGGCAGACGAUCAACAUCAUAUCGGUAAACAUUCUUUCAAAGUUCCUUUUGUAUGUGGAUGUAAGAAUCUAGGAGAAGCUCUUCGAAGAAUCUCAGAAGGAGCUGCCAUGAUCCGAACAAAAGGUGAAGCAGGUACUGGAGAUGUCAUUGAAGCUGUACGACAUCAAAGGGCUGUUAUGUCCGACAUUAGAAAAGCAGCUGCUAUGUCCGAUGACGAAUUGUAUGCCUUCGCCAAAGAGCUUUCAGCUCCUUAUCACUUGUUAAAGGAGACUGCUCGAUUGAAGAGAUUGCCUGUCGUUUCCUUCGCAGCAGGUGGUGUUGCUACGCCAGCCGAUGCGGCUAUGAUGAUGCAAUUAGGAUGUGAUGGUGUCUUCGUUGGUUCCGGUAUCUUCCUUUCUGGUGAUCCCGCCAAACGAGCACGUGCUAUCGUCCAAGCCGUGACCCACUACAACAACCCUUCUGUACUUGCUGAGAUAUCCACUGAUCUCGGUGAAGCCAUGGUCGGUAUCAGCACUCCUGCUGAACGUGAGAUCAAAGGCGGACGAAUGGCAGGAAGAGGUAACUAG